AUGAGUUAUAAAGUACCAAAACAAAAAAAAACACCAGCUUGUAGACAAUGUCGCCAAAGAAAAAUUGGUUGUGAUAGAGUAAAACCAAGAUGUGGGAAUUGUGUCAAGAGAAAUAGACAAGACUGUAUAUAUCCAGAAAAGAAGUAUGGAACUGUAGAGACAUACAACAAUAUGUAUAACACGCAUAAUACUAUUAACCAUAAUGUUAAUUAUCACAAUCAUACACUUAUUGCUACCCCAAUGAUCUCUAACAGAAAUACCGUGAAUAAUCAGAUAGGUGUAAAUGUGAUGAAUAACAGCUCUUUGAAUCCUGUUACAUUAGAAAAUUUUGGCUCCUUGCCAGACAAUUUCAACAAUUAUAACAAUAACAGCAAUAUAGGUAUUAAUAUUCCAAUUCAAAAAUAUUAUGGCCCACUACUAAAUAGUACAACUGGAACAAAUAUUCCUUUACAAACGAGUAAUUAUAACCAAGAACCUUCUGUACCGUCAAAAUAUGGUACCCAAUUAUCUACUGAUCAAUUUAAUACCAUGCCUAUCAAAGAUACUUAUAAACAGCAAAGGAAGAGUGAACAAAUUGAUGGAGUUGAAUUAAAUGAAAAUUUACUAGAUGUCUUGGAAACUAUCCCGCAUAAAAGGACUAUAAGAAACAACACAAUACUUGGCGGAAAUGUAAAUCAAGAAAUUGAUAAUAGAGUACAGCUGUUGAAUGCAAACUUAGAUUCUUUACCAUCAUUAUUUAAUCCAACUAAUGUAUCUAACAUAUAUGAUGCAAAAUAUAUUUCAACUACCUAUUCCAGUAAGAACAAAAAGAAUCAACAAAAUAGUAAAAAAAGUAACGAAUUAGAAAAUUCUUCUAUAUCGAAUCAAUCUGUACCGGUAUUUUAUGACUUGAUGACUUCGAUUUAUUCACAAGAAGAAAUUCUUUUAAAAGAAAUGGACUUCUUAAGAGAUAGAUACAUUCAAUUAUUAUACUAUAAAUCAAAAUAUUCUGAUAAUAAUACUGCAGCAUCUACUACUGUUCAUAAAACCAUGGAUUCUAAACCAAAUUCAAAUAAUAUUGAAGAUGAACAAGAAAAUUUGAAAAGAAGAAAAAUUGAAAAGGUCGAUUCUGGUUCUAUGCCUUCCACUAAGAUUAACACCAGUGAAGAUGUGGUUAAUAACAAUAAAAUACCAUUAACGCUUUUAGGUCCAUAUGAAACUUUAAGUAUAUCUAAGGAUAACGCUCAAAACACCAAAUUUCCACCAACAAUAGAUAAUUAUUUAAAUAUAACAACAUUAGAUUUAAAUUUGAUCAAUUUAAAAUCGAAGGGCCAAGACUCUAAGCUGAAUAGAAAUUUCAUUAUACUUCGUGACCAUUAUUUAACGAAGUUUUAUGAAGACAUGACUAAAAUUAUGAAAAUAGAUUUUAUACCUAAUUUGAAUGAAUAUUACCGAAGUAAAUUUAAGGUAAGAAAUGUUUGCAAUACAAUAUUAAAUUGUCAAUAUCAUGAUAAUUAUACAUUCGAUUACUUAAAACUACUGAAAGUUAAUUUAAUAUUAGAGAUAUUAGAAAUAAGUUGUAAAACUAUGCCAAAUGCAAAUAAAAUUUUUUAUCCAAUAUUAGAUUUCAGUGUUAGUAAUUGGAUGGUUAAGGUUAUUAAAUUAUUGAACGAUUCUAUUGAAAUUUCAGGAGAUUUGAUUCAAAUUCCUAUGAAACCUAUGACUACUAAAGAUCUCUCUUUCAUUGGUAUUGUUAUAAUAAUUGUAUUAUUUUUUUAUUAUAGUAAUAAAUUCAGUAUAAACAAAGAAAAUAGUAAGCCAAGCUAUUCAAAGUUGAUGACAUCAAUUGAACAAAACAGAUAUUUGUUGUUUUAUUCAUUGUUUCUAAUAAAAAAAAGAUUACUUAAUGAAAUUAUGAACAACUUUAAUGAAAAUACAAUCAAAGGCAUUUUAAAGUUUAUGACAUUAUAUGAAUUAUUAGAUCAAAUCAAAUAUGAUAAUCCAAUGUCUAUAGAUAAUGUAGACUAUAAUGAGGAUAUAAUGGUAGCAUUACAUUUUUCAAUUAAUAAUAUUAAAAGUGCUGGGGGGAAAUUUUUGAAAUCCUAUUGGAAAGUGAUAUCGAAUAAUUAUUUAAAACAUCAAAUCUUUGAGGGUAAAAUACCUAUUCUAUUUGUGAAGAAUUUAGCAUCAAUGAAUUAUUAUGAAGAUAAGAAAAGUAGUCAAUACAUUGGUUAUUCUAAUGAUGAUGUCAGUGAUAUUGAUACCUACAAUUUCUAUGUCUCACAAUUAAAAAUCAUUAAUUAUUUGUAUAUGGAUGACAGCGAAACUAUUGCUGAUAGGACAAUUGAUAAAUUAAGUGAAUUAAUAAAAGAUAUGGAUAAUAAAUAUUAUAAAUUUAUGAAUCUGCCAAGGGCUGAUGAAAAUUUUGAUUUGUUAGAUGAAAGAUGUAACAAUUACGAAUUUAGAGGGUCACAAAGAAUCGAUAAUUCGUUACAAUAUUAUAAGAUAAAACUUCACCUUGAAUAUUUGAUUUUCUUACAAUUAGAAAUGGUGAAAGAGGACAGACAUAUUAUUAGACAGUUUGAUAGAUUAUUUGAAACAGUUAUUGUCCCAAUAAUAUUAUUAAUAUUUCCUUCUGUACACAAGGAUAAUAUGACUGAAGAAACAGUAGAGGCAAAGAUAGAAAUCUCCAAUAAUAAAGAAGACACGAGUACUGUCAAGGCAAAUGAGAUAUUGGAUUCAAAGAAUGAGGAUGUUGAAGAGUAUUCUGAAUAUGAGUUCAGAUUUAUUAGAAGAAAGAUGUAUUUAUUAGAAGAUUUAUUAGAUAUUUUAUAUUCCAUAUAUGAAAGAUUCCAAAAUUUUGAAAAUUAUCAAAGAUAUAAGAUAAACGGGGGUGUGGCUGAUACGGAAAAAGAUACUGAUAAAAGUAAAGUUUUAAAUACACUAAAUCAAAACUUCAAACAUCUAUUUAUUAUAUUAUACAUAAUAUUAACGAGUUCUCCAAUAAGUAAUAAAUUCAAUCACAUUGAGAAUUUCAGACCCGUAACCAAAAUAUUUAUUAUAUUGAGUAGAAUAGGGUACAAAGAAAAUAUUAAGAGCCACUUGUUAUCGAAUGAAUCCUUGGUGAAGGAUAAAGUUACAGGGUUGUUAUCCUAUGAAAAUCGCCAACUAGAAAGCAAAUAUAUGAAGAUUACACAGCAAGAAUAUUUGAUCCAAAUUCAAAAUAGUAACAAUGGUCUUAGAUCUAUUACAGAUUUAAAUAGUUUAGGUCGUUAUAGUAAAUAUUUGAAGAUUUUGAAUCAUAGAUUAAUCGAUGCAUGCCAAUUGAACCAUAUGACCGAUUUAGAUUCAUGGUUUAACACAAACAUUAUGUCAGAGAAUAAAGAAAUCGAUUUGAGUGGUUUUAGUAUAUCACCUCAGAAUGUAACAAAAGUAUUUGAUGUCUUCUUUUCUUCCAUCUGA